AUCAAUUUCGAACAGCUAACGGCAACACCCCACCAUCAUCAAUGUCGAACAAGCUAACAGCAACUGCCACCCACCGCCACCAUAAAUGAGUCAUGGAAGCGAGCAAGGUAGGCAUAUUCGAAGAGUCUUCAAAUCAAACCAAACUCCGCAAGCUUUGAGCUCCUCCGAUCCAUCUCCUCUGAAAUCUCAAUUCUCCGUGAUCUUCCAGUGUACAUGGGGGUUUGUCGGAGCUUUCACAGGUUUAUUAUGUGUUUUGCAGGUAUCGUUUGAUAUUCUAUUAGCCAACACUCCAUGGAUAGAGAUUCAGGAGAACAAAUAAGGAGAGAGAUGGUAAUGGCAUCAGAAAGGGAGAAUUUUGAGCUUUCAGGGCCAUUGCACCUAUCUAGUAUGGACUGGAAGAGUACAGAUUAUCGAAGAUCUGUUGCAGCUUGUUUGGUACAGGGUGUCUACAUUCUGGAACGCGAUCGCCAGGAAAAGCGGCAGGGAAGUGAAGCACUUGCUCCUCCAUGGUGGAAUUUCUUCCAUUUUCAAUUAUGCACUCCGCUUGUUGAUGAGGCUGAUUCAUCUACCUUUGGUGCCAUCUAUGAAUUGAAACACCCAAUGCCUGAUGAUAAAAGUUCAGUUAAUGACAGCCCACGUUAUGUUAUUGCUUUUCGAGGUACAUUAACCAAGGGUGAUGCAUUCUCCCGGGACCUCCAAUUGAAUGUCCACUUAGUCCGGAAUGACCUUCACCAGACGUCUCGAUUUGAAAUAGCCAUUCAAGCUGUUCGGAGCAUUGUUGCAACAUAUGGAAGUUCAAAUAUUUGGCUAGCUGGACACUCUCUGGGAUCUGCCUUGGCAUUGCUUGUUGGAAAGAGUAUGGCAAAAACAGGAGUCUUACUUGAAGCUUUUCUGUUUAAUCCACCAUUUGUUUCAGCUCCAAUUGAGAGAAUAAAGGACAAAAAAGUCAAACAUGGGCUUCGAAUUGCAAGUAGUGUCGUAACCGCUGGACUUGCUUUUGCUAUGAAAAAUAGCCACCGGAAGAAUCAAACAGGAGAUACAUUUGUUGCAUUGUCAGAAUGGAUGCCAUGCCUAUUUGUUAAUCCAGCGGAUCACGUAUGCUCCGAGUAUAUUGGGUAUUUUGAACACAGGAAAAACAUGGACGAGAUUGGUGUUGGACUAAUUGAGAAAUUGGCAACCCAGCACUCGCUUGGGGGUCUUGUUAUGACCGCAAUGGGCAAGGAGGCAGGAGAGCCCCUAUACCUUAUUCCUUCUGCAAAAUUAACGGUUAAUUUAUCUCCCUCACAAGAAUUCAAAGAAGCCCACGGAAUACACCAAUGGUGGAGGUCUGAUCUGCUCUUAGAAUUGAAAACUUACAAGUACUGAUGGUUGUUAUGUUGUACAGGUAUUGACAAUUUAUUAUAGAAUUAUGCUGUACAGGAAUUGUCACAUAAUUCCUGAUUUAUAUUAUAAAUGUAAUACCAGGAUCGAUGCUAAAAUGAUUAUGGGUUGUGGAAUUAUUGUGGUGAGAUGGAUCAAGCAUGAUCUUCACUUUCACUAUUCUGAGCUUUUUAUGCAGCCUGACGUGCAGUAUUUGAAACUCGAA